GAUACGACGACACGUAGACAACGCAUGCUGCGCGCGUAGGAACGAAAGAGACCAGAUAGUUGGCUCGAAUCGAUAGCAACGAAUCGCAAACGUGCAAGCGUGGAGGAAACGGGUGAAGGAUAAAUUUCCACGGCUGCUGCGAAUAAUAGUGAUCCAGACGGAGACAAAGCGAGAGAGCGAAGAAGAAAGGAUUAACGAGGAUAUUUCGGCAUUCCCAAGGAUCUGUGUGUUGCAACUUCGAGUGGAUGCAAUCAACACCUGCACCGACAUUAGUAUAGCGGAAACAAAACAAUAAGAAUGAAUGGGCUAAGCUUUGGAGAACUGUGCUGCCUGUUUUGUUGUCCCCCGCUGCCGGGACGUAUAGCUGCCAAACUUGCCUUUCUACCACCGGAACCGACGUACAACCUGACGCCGAUCGAUGAGUCGAAGGCGAAAUAUUUGCUCAGCUUCAACGAGCGGGCCGAGUGGCCGUACUCGGAGCGCGAAAAGGAAAACGUAGAAGGGUUCUUCACGCGCACAUCACGCGGAAACAAGCUGUCCUGCAUCUACGUCAAGUGUACGCCGACCGCGAAGUACACGCUGCUGUUCUCCCACGGGAAUGCGGUCGAUCUUGGACAGAUGAGUAGCUUCUACCUUGGGCUCGGUUUGCGCAUCAACUGUAACAUCUUCAGCUAUGAUUACUCUGGCUACGGUAUGAGCGGUGGCAAACCGUCGGAAAAGAACCUGUACGCUGAUAUCGAUGCGGCGUGGCAUUCGCUACGUACCCGGUUCGGGGUUAGUCCGGAAAAUAUCAUACUGUACGGCCAGAGCAUCGGUACGGUGCCGACUGUCGAUCUGGCGGCACGCUACGAAGUUGGGGCUGUGAUUCUGCACUCUCCCCUGAUGUCGGGGAUGAGGGUAGCCUUUCCAAACACGAAGCGCACGUGGUUUUUCGAUGUGUUUCCAAGUAUCGAUAAGGUGUCGAAGAUAUCAUCACCGGUGCUGGUGAUACACGGCACGGAGGAUGAGGUUAUAGAUUUUUCCCACGGGCUAAGCAUCUACGAAAAGUGCCCAAAAGCCGUAGAACCGCUGUGGGUAGAGGGUGCUGGGCACAAUGAUGUGGAGCUGUACAAUCAAUAUCUGGACCGGCUCAAGAAAUUUAUCGCGGUAGAGCUGGGCAACUGACAAUUAAAGAAUGCCUCAUCCGGUCAGCAGCUCUCUUCUUCAUCGUCGGCCGGAGCGGCAACAGUACCAGCCCCCAAGAGCCCACAGCGCCCGGCAAAAGCGGCCGGAAAACGAACCACUACGGAAGAAGCUCCGGCCACCACCAAUGCAUCGAGCACGAGUGGCACCACAGCAGCAACCGGAACAGCCGGUUCCUCGUCGCGUAGUGGUAGCGAAAAACUUUUAUAGCACUCGUUACCUGGGUCAAGCGGCAGCAGCUCGUACAGUUGCAGCUGCAGCAAGACUGCUAACCGAUCGGACAAAUCGAAAAACGCUUCGCACACCCACGCGCAUCAUCAUCAUCAGCACAACCAUCAGCCCC